AUGAAGGAAGCAGUGCCAUCACCCUUCUCCAGAUGUGGGAUGCUGUGGUGCUUCCAGCAGCUGAGCCAUGAAGAGUUCCAGACCUUCAAACACUUGCUCAGAGAGAGCAAGGCAGCCCUCAGGCUGCCACAGACCUUCACAUGGGAAGAUGUGCAGAAUGCCCACGCAGAGAAACUGGCCUCUAUCCUACACCAGCAGUGCCCAGCAUCACUGGUCUGGGCGACAGCCAGCAGCAUUUUGGAGCAGAUGAACCUGUCAUUGCUCACUGAGGUGGCCAGGGAGAAGAUGAAAAGUCUGGAGGAGAAGCAGUCUCAGUACAAGAUCCACAUGAUGAGUAAGUUCGCCACGAAACUGGAGGGACAGCAGGACCUCACACAGCUUGCCUGCGACAUCCUAGAGAAGGAAGUGUUGGCUGCAGCCUUCAGCCCAGAGCUCAGCGGUUUCCGGCCCCACACGGUGGUCCUGCACGGGAUGCCCAGCUGCGGGGAGUGGGCGCUGGCCAGGGCGGUGCAGCUGUGCUGGCUGCAGGGCGAGUUGUACCAGGACCUGUUCUCCUACGUGCUCCUCCUGCGCCUCGGGGCCCUGCAGCCCAGCGAGGAGAGCAGCCUGGCUGAGCUCCUCUGUGCGGAGUGGCCUGGUGCCCCGUUGCCGGACAUCCUGGCUCAGCCCGAGCUGAUGCUGCUGGUAGUGGACGGCCUGGACGGCCUGGCGGAUGCGCUGGGGGAAGAGGCGGAGGCCCGGGCAGGGUGCAUGUGCACCGACUGGACGGAGCGGGUCCCGGUGUGGGUGCUGCUGCGGGAGCUCCUCUGCAAGGCGCUGCUCCCCAAGUGCUCACUGCUGCUCACCGUGGGGGACGGGGCCCUGCCGGCGCUCGGGCCCUGGCUACAAGCGCCCCGCUUCCUGUGGGCAGGGCAGCUGUGUGCUGGCCAGCUGGAAGAGCAGCCCCAGACAGAGCCAGGCGCCGCGGAGGGGGUCUCUGCUGAGUGUGCGCCAGCCAGCCAGGUGCCGGGGGCCCCGCAGAACCAGGCCCUGGGCGGACAGACUCCAGCCACACAAGCCAUCUGGAGCCUGGGCGAAUGGACCCCGGCCAGACAGGCCCUCUGGAGGCUGGGCAGAGGCCUGGCUCUGAGCAGGCUGUGGCUGGGGGCGUCGGAGCAGCAGCGCCUGAGCGCAGACAAGGGGGCCAAGCUGGUGGCGCUGUGCAGGCUGGCGGCCGCGGGGCUGCAGGCCGGGCGCCUGGAGCUCCCCAGGGAGAUGGUGCAAGCACGCGGGCUGAGCCCCGAACACCUUCAGGACCUGCUGGGCACCCAGGUGCUCGUGCCCCAGCGAAGCCCAGAGGGCGUCUCCACUUUUUCCUUCCCACCUGGCCUGCAGCCGCUGCUCACAGCCCUACACUUUGUCCUGGACGAGGUGGAGCCGCUGAGAGACCCCGACCCGCAGCUUCUGGGUGUCAACGCCCAGCCUCUGGACCCUCACUGCCACGUCGACCACCUGCUUCCCAUGGUGCGGUUCCUGUACAGCCUCAUGAACGAGGAGGCGACACAGACCCUGGAGACUGUGCUGGGCCGGCCCCUGAGCCCCAGGGUGCGCUGGGACCUGCAACACUGCGUGUCCCUGCUGGGCCACAGGGCCGCCGCCCACACCGACGUCUUGGAAGCCUUCUACUGCCUAUUUGAGACUCAGAACCCCAACUUCGUGCGCUCAGCGCUGAGCGGCUUCCAGGAGCUGUGGCAAACCCUCUUGCUGCCAGCCGACCUGCACGUGGUGGCCUUUUGUCUGCAGCACUGCCCACACCUGAGCAAGCUCCGCCUGGAAGUGAGGGUGUUCUACCCCCUGGACGUGACUAACAGAAUCUCAAGGCUGCAAAAGAACUCUGUGGCUGAGUCCUGGGAGAAGCUCUGCUCCAUGUUUGGUACCAACUCAGAACUCCACCAACUUGACCUCAGCAGCAGCAUCCUGACAGAAGGGGCCAUGAAGGUCCUCUGUGCAAAGCUGUGUCAGGCUACCUGCAAGAUCCAGAAACUGACGUUUAAGUAUGCCCAGAUACCCCUUGGUCUCAACUGUCUCUGGAUGACACUUAUUUCUAACCAUAACAUUAAGCACCUGGACCUGCAAGGCACUCCCCUGCUGUAUGAAGAUGUACAGAUGGCAUGUGAGGCACUGAAACACCCUAGCUGUGUGCUGGAGUCUUUGAGGCUGGAUAGCUGCGGACUGACCGAAGACUGCUGCUCCCUCAUCUCUCAGGUCAUCACCGGGAGCCCCAGCCUCCAUUUUCUGAGUCUGGCAGGAAACAAUCUGUUGGCCAAGGGCCUGAAGCUGUUGUUCACCUCCCUCCAGGCCUCACAGUGCUGCCUGCAGAGGUUGGGCUUGGGGAGCUGCGACCUCCAAGCCUCUGCCUGCCAGGAUCUCACCUUUGGGCUCUCCAAAAACCUCAGCCUGACACACCUGUCUCUGUCUGACAACAAGCUGGGGAGCAAUGGCAUGAACCUGCUCUGCCUGUCCAUCUGUCUGCCCUCUUGCCCUCUGCAGAGGCUCACACUCAAUGAGUGUGACUUGGAUGAGACCACCUGUGGCCUCCUUGCCAUUGCUCUCCAGGGGAAAAGCCACCUGACACAUCUGAGCCUGAGUGUGAACCCCUUGGGAGAUGGUGGGGUGACUCUUCUGUGUGCAUCCCUGAAGACACCGUGCUGUCACCUCCAGGACCUUGAACUGGUGAGGUGUGAUCUCACUGAAGCUUGCUGCGAGAAACUGUCCUGUGUGAUCACAGAAAACAAACGCCUGAAGAGCCUGGAUCUCGGUGGCAACGCACUGGGUGAUGCUGGGGUGCUAGCCCUGUGUAAGGGGCUGAGGCAGGAGCACAGCUCACUGAGGAGACUUGGCUUGGAGGCCUGUGGGCUGACCGCUGAGUGCUGCGAGGCCCUGGCAGACAGCCAGCACCUGACCAGCCUGAACCUGCUGCAUAAUGACUUGGGAGAGGCUGGGCUGAAGAGGCUGUGUGAGGCCUUUGCCUGCUCCACGUGCAGCCUACAGAGGCUGGGGCUGUGCGUCUGGCAGAACCCGGCACCCAUGCAGAAGCUGCUGGACAAGCUGCAGCAGCUCAGGCCGCAGCUGGAGAUGGGGGAAGACUGGUACACCUGGGGUCAAGAGGACAGGUUCUGGUGGAGAUACUGAAGAUGGGCGUUCUCUGCACACACCUGACCACAGGAAGGGACUUCAAGUUCUC